UAACUGCCACCGUUGAAUCUGAAAUUUCUCAUUGGACUUGUUCACAUGAAAUUGACAUCACCUCGUGUGUAUAUAUAUAUACAUAUACAUAUAUAUAUCACUGCACUACUACAUCUCAUCCCAUGCAUUGAAAGUUGAAAGCCUCAAAAACACAUAGCUCACCCUCAAUACUCUCGAGUCUCAAAUUAUUAAAUAUAUAGCUAGGUAGGUUAUUAUUGAAGAUGGGAAACUACAUUUCUUGCACUCUAUCAACAAUAGGAAGCAAGCAUUGGAGAGACAUAAAGGUGAUAUUCCCUAGUGGAGAGAUAGGGCAGUUCGAAGAAGGAGUUAAAGCAGCAGAACUGAUGCUUGAGAUGCCAAGCUUCUUUGUGGUGAACACGCGGUCUUUACAGAUUGGACGAAGGUUUUGUGCACUGAACGCAGAUGAAGAGCUUGAGUGUGGCAACGUUUAUGCGAUGCUUCCCAUGAAGAGGCUUAACUCUGUGGUCACAGCUUCUGACAUGGGUGCCUUGUUGAUCACUGCCAAAAGGGUAUCUGCCAAAGUGAGGGUCGUCCCAGAGAAGGAAGCAGAAGAGGCCAAUAAGUUGAAUUUGAAGCUGGAUGAGAUUGAAGAGUUUUCUAGCCCUGAGUUCAUGCAUAGGUUGUCUAUGAGCAGGUCAAAGAAGCCUUUGCUUGAGACCAUAGCAGAAGAACCCGUGUGUUCAAGAUCAUGAUCCAUCACAAAUUCAAUGGACUGCCUUCUCAAUCUCAACAUUAAUUGUUCAAUUCUUCUCGACCAAGUCCAGUUUGUGGCUUUCUUGUGAUUGUGGGUCUACCAGUUAUGCGUACACGGCAUUACUUUUAGGAAAUUUUAUUUAUUCUGAUUGGAAUUGUAUGUAAUACUAAAACUAAUUCAAAACAUACAGUACUAGGCUAUUCUUAAUUAUAUUCAAUUGUUAGAUUUUAUUGGAUAAAAAUUCAACCAAAUUAUUGUACGUUUUCGGUUAGGAUUGAGAGCGAAAUUUUAUAGUGCCUAUUUGUAUCUCUUAACAUGCAUCGCAAGAUUUAAUUGAUAUAACUUGGUUCCUGUUUAUCGGAUUGAAGGAAUCUCAAGUUGCACCGCCAUCUAAUGGUGCUUU